AAAAUUAUUCGACUGUCGAACUUAGUUCCAACUCAUUUAAAAAAAGAUUUCAUUAGAUUAUAGUGAAUAUAAGUAAUUAAAUUAUUUAAAUCAAGCUGAACUAGUUAAUUUGGAAGAAAGAAUCAUCGCGUCUUUGUUGUGACCAUCAAUCUUUGUUAGACUUUUUCAAGGCGCAUAAUAAUAAUAAGAAAACGAUGUUCAUCUGGGAUUGGUUCACUGGUGUCUUAGGAUAUUUGGGUUUAUGGAAGAAAUCUGGCAAAUUGCUUUUCCUUGGCCUCGAUAAUGCUGGUAAAACCACACUGCUCCACAUGCUUAAGGACGACAGAUUAGCACAACAUGUUCCGACACUUCAUCCAACGUCAGAAGAGCUGUCCAUAGGCAAUAUGCGUUUUACAACAUUCGAUUUGGGAGGUCACACACAAGCACGUCGUGUGUGGAAGGAUUAUUUUCCAGCUGUCGAUGCCAUUGUUUUCCUCAUUGAUGCAUGGGAUCGAAGUCGUUUUCAAGAAAGCAAAAUUGAAUUAGAUUCAUUGCUUACCGACGAAGCUCUUUCGAAUUGUCCCGUGCUGAUAUUGGGAAACAAAAUUGAUAAACCUGCAAACUUUUCACUUGGUGGUUUUAUGUUGUCGAAGAUUGUUUAUAUACUCCCAUAA